AUGGAGUGCGUUUCGCAUGACAGUGGAAGCACAAAUGCCGCAAUAUGUAGCAGGGAGUUAACAAAUAGCAGUGGCAAUUCCAAGCCGGUCGAAAUGCAUGCACAUAAAAAUGAGUUCGAAACAAGCCCCCACUGUGAGCAAAAUGGCCAAGGAGCACUUAAGACAAGUAACAAAAAGAACGAAGAAAAGAAUAGCCAAAUGAAUUACUCUACCCACAAUGACCAGCCUGACAAUUUUACAGUGACGCACACUUAUUCAGCUACCAGUCAGAAAAGCAGAAAAUUUGGACGCACCAAGAAUUUUUCAAAAAAUAAGGCAGAUUUCAAUAAUUUGUUUUAUGAAGAAAAAUAUGUCAACAGCAAUUAUGUGGAGAACGGGAAACGCUCCGAUAGACAUUUUACUCAUGGGGGUCCAGGAAGUAAUAGGGGGCUUAACGACAAUCACCUAAGAAAAGGCACAUCAUUAGGAAAUUGCAGCAGUGGCAAUAAUAAUAUGGCGGUGCACAAUGCUGUUGAAUCAUUCGGGAUGAACUAUUCAUGCGCAAGAAUGAAUGUGGCAAAUGACGCAGAAGAAAAGUUCCUAAAACGGGUGGCUAUCAAUAACGAGAACUUAGUGUUAACUGCGGAUAAAUCAAACCUGGGCAUGGUCGAUAGUAGAAGUAGGAGAAGAGGUGCAAACUCAGAAAAACAGCCAUUUGUCUUUACGAACAAACGGGGAACAACUGGAAGUUAUAAUGGUCCAAAUGACAACAUUGUAGAGUGCGCUAAUGUUGAUGAUCGUGUGGCCGUGGAGCAUUUGGGCGUGGAUGGAAACAUGUGUGGUGACAUUAUCAAUGGUGAAGGCAACAGCAAGAAAAACAGCUUCCUUCGAAAGAGUAAAUCCCUCAACAGAAAUAAUAUUUACGAGAGAAAAGAGGACAAUAAGCGGUUGGUAUCCAUCAUGAAUAGGGACACUGCGGAAGGUAUGGACUACAUGGACUUAACGAAAAAAGCUUGUUCUAAUAACGAAUUAAAAUUUAAAGAAAAAAAAAAAGAUGAAGCAAACUGCACAAGUAGGGAAGCGAAUUACGAUUUUAAGAGCGCCUUGAAUGUCCAAUUUUCUAAGACAAAAAUGUGCCCAUAUAUGAAUACCAAAGAAAAGUGCAAACGGUUUUUAAGUAAUAUGUGCCCCUAUGCACACGACCAAAGUGAGUUAAAGCCAUUUCCCGAUUUGUACAAAACAGCCAUGUGUCGUAACUUCAUGAAAAAUUUAUGUAAUAAGUCGAAGGUUGAGUGCAAUUUCGCACAUGAUGUGGAGGAGCUCAGAUCCACGGAUGAAUUUUACAAAACGACACUGUGUAAGUUUUUCCUCAACGGGUACUGCAAGGCGGACACCAACUGCAGGCACGCGCAUGGGCACAAGGAGCUGAAGUGUAAAGAGGCCAAGUGCACUGACGCGAAAGGUACAGAAGUGAACGAUGAAGAGAUGAACUGUAAGGAGGUGAACUGUGAGGAGAUGAACGGUGAAGAGAUGAACGGUGAAGAGAUGAACGGUCAAGAGAUGAAACAUAGGAACCUCGGGAGUCUGUCCUGGGAGAGCGAAAGGGUGGACACGGAGAAGGCAAAUAACAAUGACAAGGAAGAGCAGUUACAGAAUCCACAUCAUCAUCACCAACAGAUUGAUAUGCAACUGGGGCAAACUCUUAUAAACGGAGAAAACAUGAACCAGUUCAAGUCAUCGGAAAGCUGCUCCCUGAGCGAGGGGAAGGAGGUAAGAAUGAUAAGAGAAGGGGAAGACUUUGCGGAGGAGGAUUUGCUUGUCACAGAAGAUAUUGAAGAGCACGCAGCAGUAAUGGACGUUAUCGCGGUGGAAGGAAAACACAUAUCAAACACACGCGAUAGGAAAAAAAAUGAUAGCAAAAAGAAAAAAGAAAUAUUCAACAACGUAUCACGCAAACUCAUGUCCAUUAGCACGAAGGACACAUACAGCUUUCUGUCAAAUGGUUUGUCCAGAAACAUGGAGUCGUCCGAAAAUGUCGAUGACGAAAAUAAGAGUGUAAGGACGAAUGAUGAUUCGACUCUCCCCCAUAGCAAUGGGGACUCCAAGAUAAGGAGUUCAGACAGCGAGAAUAGCUGUUUUAAGGGGGAUGCCAACCCUGAGUAUCAAUUGAAGUCUAACGAGGCGAUCUGCCGAAUGGAGGUAAAGGAUCAGGUUGUUAGCCACUCGUGUGUUGCAACUGGCAGGGAAGCCCAAAACGCAAGUGUCACUGAGCAAGGGGGCAACUCGGUUGAUCAUAAAGAGCAGGUGACAACAAUUGCACCCUUUGGAGAAAGCCAUAACACAACUGAUGGAAAACAGGAAGGAGACAGUAGUAGCAAAUUGACAUGUUCAAAUACGAACAGAGGUAGUAACGUAGUAGUGAAUAGAAGUGUAGCUUUGAAAAAAGAGGGCAGGAAAAUCUUUAACGACGAUAAUGCGAAUGGAAGUAGACAUAAAGUGAGCGUCGGUGGUGUGGGGAAAGGUUCGAACGACGCUACCAUUCAUCCGAAAAUGGAAAGGAACAAAAAUGCACGGGGCUACAUGAACCCUAAUUUUACCCCCAUCGGUAGUAAAGGUGGCACAAGAGAUUUUCAGGACAACAUGGGGAAUGGAAAAUUAGGUCGAAAUGUGCAAAUUGAUACCAUUGAGAUGAACGAUGAAAUGCGCCCCCCAAGUGAGAUGCACUUUAGCACAUUGUGUGAUAAUGGUAUGUAUGGUUAUGAUGGAGCCGUGGGACACACUGGGAAUUGCGAUGGAAGGGACAACAACAGUGGAUAUGUGCAGGAGAGGGGAGAGAAGUACACACUGGAGGGUGACACCGGUGAAUACAACAGGAUCGGUUACCAAAACAGGGGACUUAAUAACACCGACAAGGGCAUUGAUGGCUCUGUGUUCGGCGCAAGCAGCGACGGUGGCAACGUCCACAGCGGGAGUAACAACAACUUUAACGGACCCGUUGAUAACGGCGCCGAUAACUACAACAGCGGCAUGAGUAAACACUAUGGAAAUGGAAAACGGGCGAAUGGAGGUACGACCAGGUACGAUGGACAUAUUGGCAGUAUGGACAGUAGCAAUAAUGGAGUGGCGAAUAGUGGCGCGGCAAAUAGAGGCUUUGCGGAUAACGCCAUGGGGAAUGGUGGCUUUGCGAAUAAUAGAAUGAUGGGCAACAACCAGGCUAACAAUAACCCCGUGAAUAGCAACAUGGGAAGGAAAAACUUGCGGAAUACCCACGCAAGGAACACCACCCGAAAUGUGAGAAACAGCGCGAGAAACAACAUGAGGAACGGCGGCAUGGCCACUUACGGUGCAUAUCCUAACGAUCUUGUGGAGAAUAAUAUGCGUACAAUGCAUUGCGAAAACGUCAACACCUACAACGGGAAUUUCAGUUGCUAUAGUGUCAACGAGGGGGACGCAAAUGUUUACAUGAACGUGAAUAAUUUCCCCUACAAUAAUAUAACCCAGGGCUUCAAUUGCAAUGUUGUUGGUGGACCACCCAGCAGGAUGGACCAUACCAAUUAUGGGGGAAAUUAUGGUGCUAAUUGUGGUAGUAAUUAUGGGGGUAAUUAUGGCGACAACUAUGGCGGUAAUUAUGGCGGCCAUUAUGGAAACCUUGGUAGCGGUCCAGACGGCGGAAACCACAAUCCGUACCUUCCACAGGAUUAUGCUCCACCCAUCUGUAACAAUAUAAUGAAGCAGAGUAGAAAUUAUAAAAGUAAGAAAAGGAGUGUACAAAAUAACAUGCCGUAUGGAAUGAGCAAUAAUGGAAACUUUGAACAUAAUAGUGGGUGUGAUCGUAAUGGCAACAUAUAUGGUGGAGGUGGUAUGAAACAGGACUUGAAUUACAACUCUCAUGGUUUUAGCUCCAAUGGCAUGAUAGGUAGUAUGAAUAUUGACCACUUUGACGGAAACAUGUAUGGAGAUAUGUUCAUGAAUAAUGGUCCAAGGAACAAUCACCAUGACUGUGUCAAUAACAUGUACGACAGUGGCAAUGGAAAUAAUUAUUACCCCUACGGCUACGAUACCAGCGGGACGCAUGUAAUGAACAUCCCCCUUGAAAACAGUGCAGAUGUGCACAGUGGCCACAUGUACAAUACGAUGAGUGCGUAUGAUUUUUCAGAUGGACAGAACGGUGAGCAUGAUGGGAUGCAAAACGGGGCGCACCACGGAGCGCAUAUCUCAAUGCAAAACAGAUCAUAUUAUGGUGCACAUAACGGAAUGCAAAACAACACACCUGAAACUUUCAGACAAAUGGACAAAAAAGCGAAUAGCGGAAAUAUGGAUGCUAUACAUGGAGGCAGAAAUAGGAAGGGCCGCAUGAGCAACAAUACCUAUAAGGACACGUACAAGGGUGCUGACGAAAAUUUUACUCACGCGAUAAACGGCGCAGAUGGGGCACAACUAGGUCAACCCUUUGCAUGCAACCCUGGUGUGCACGAUGAAACCAACCUUGACAAUGGCAGCUUCUUAUCUAGGAAGACAGGAGGUUGCCCCUCGAAUAGUGUAAAAAGUGGACACAUGACAGAUGCAGCCGAACUGAAAAGAAAUAAUUAUGAUGAAACGAACUUAGGCACAAAGAAAUCGGAGCACAUCGGCAAGAGCGAAAAGGAGAAUAGGACAGAGGGUCGCAGUGGUGAACACGACGCAAAGGAGAUGAAUCGCACUGCAUACUGCAGCAGCUUCAAUGCGAAAGGUAAGACGGACAAGUCAGAACAAAGCGCGCAAUUGCAAGAUAAUAAUCGUGGUAACAGCAAAGAGUGCAAUACUCGCCACAACCGAAAUGGAAGCAAAAAUGGAAGGAUCAAUGAUGGCAUGACGAUGCGUGAUUUGGAUGGAAGCACUAAUCGAAGCACGCUGAAGACUCUCGCUGCGUGCAUAAGCCCCGUGAACGGACCAGGGGACCAGUCAUCAUUAUGCGAAGGUGGCCAAAUGGAAACUUGCACCGUAGAAAAAAUGAAACCCAACAAUUAUGAUUCAACGGGUGAACGUUUCAAAAGUGGUAUCUUAAAAGGUAAGAUUCCACGAGGAAGGGGAUUGCGAAAUAGGAGAGAACAACCUGGGGAAUACCAAAGUAGGGGUGAGUAUACUGGAACGGAACAAAACAGAGGGGAGAAAAAUCAGGAGGAGAUACAGACACAGCUACAAAUACCUGACCAUCAGGGUAACUGUGGUAUGAUUAACCCAGAUAACAAAAUUGAAAGUUUUUUAAUGCACGAAGAACCCCAAACGUGUGUGUCUUGCUGUCAGUGCAUUACAGAUCCCACACAGGGGGAACUUAUACCAACAAAUCCGUGCGGUUUUAUAUUUGAGGAAGCAAUAAAUAAAUCGCUGUCUUUGAUGAUCAUAGAGUUAUUGCAGCCACAGGUGCAACACCUACUUUCGGAUGUCAAUUUUUAUGUGCAAAAUUAUUACGACUGA